UUAUUUAUUUAUUUAUUUUAAUUUCUUCUAGAGUGAUUAAACAAGAUAACACUGGUUUCAAUUUGCACCAUCCACUAUUAUUCCAUUCACCAUCUCCUUCCCAAAAGCAUGGGUCUUUAAUCAAGAUUCCAAGUACACCAAUACCAUUACAUUAUUUUCUUGCAAGAACGUAACGAAUACCUUCGAGGAUGAAGUUUAUGAAACUCGGGACUCGGCCGGACACAUUCUACACGGAGGAAGCCACUAGGACGGUUAUAUCAGAUGUACCGAGCGAUGUCACCAUUCGGAUAAACAACGUCACUUACCUUCUGCACAAGCUACAGUUUCCUCUUCUUCCAAAGUGCGGCUUAUUACAACGCCUGUACACUGAGUCGGAAGAUUCCAUCUCUGGCCACGUCACCCUUGACCUAACCGAUAUUCCAGGUGGAGACGAAGCUUUUGAGCUGUGUGCCAAGUUCUGCUAUGGUAUCACAAUCAAUCUCAGUGCCCACAAUUUAGUUUCCGCCUUUUGUGCUGCAAAGUUCCUUCGGAUGACUGAAGCAGUCGAAAACGGAAACUUCAUCGUAAAAUUGGAAGCUUUCUUCUCGUCAUGCAUUCUUGAAAGUUGGAAAGAUCCCAUUUUGACUCUGCAGAACAGUGAGAGAGUUUACGAGUGGUCUGAAAAUCUCGGUAUUGUAAGAAGAUGCAUUGAAUCAAUUGUUGACAAGAUAUUAACACCUCCCACAAAGGUUACAUGGUCUUAUACGUAUACAAGACCAGGGUACGAGAAAAAACGCAACCAAUCGGUGCCAAAGGAUUGGUGGACAGAGGACAUAUCUUUCCUUAACAUAGACAUGUUCAGAUGCAUAGUUGCUGCAAUAAAAUCGACUAAUACGCUGCCACCUCAGCUCAUCGGAGAGGCUUUGCAUGUGUACGCGUGCCGUUGGCUACCAGAGAUCACAGAACAUAACAGGCCUAAUAGUGAGGCUUCUACUUCUAAAACGGAAUAUUCUCCGGACAGACAACGGAAUAUUCUUGAGACUGUUGUGGGCUUGAUUCCAUCGGAUUAUAAAGGGUCUGUCUCGAUUAAGUUCUUGCUGAGACUUCUUAGUACCGCCAAUUUUCUCGCAGUUUCUACCGUCACAAAAACAGAGCUUUUAAGGCUGUCUGGUUUGCAGCUCGAGGAGGCAGCAUUGAAUGAUUUGCUGAUUCCGUCCCAAAACUCCGUUUACGACAUUGAUUUGGUUCAGACAGUUUUAGACAGUUUCUUGAGGCAGUGGAAGAGACAAGCCGCCGCCACAUCAUCAGACGGCAUACUUAAGAUUGGAAAGCUCGUGGAUUCUUACCUCCAGGUGGCAGCAAAAGCUGCCGAUAUGCCGGUUAAAAAAUUGGCAUCUCUCGCUGAAACUUUGCCUCGAAUUGCUCGGCCAAUUCAUGACGAUCUCUACAUGGCAGUCAACACUUAUCUCAAGGAGCAUCCUGAUCUGAGCAAAGCGGACAAGAAACAGCUCUGUCGGGUUUUAGAUUGUCAGAAAUUGUCCCCACAAGUACGAGGUCAUGCCGUGAGGAACGAGCGUUUGCCACUUAGAACAGUUGUGCAGGUUCUCUUCUUCGAACAGGAGAAAGUCAACUCCGCAACAGAUAUCGAGCGAGACCAGCUUAAUAGAAACAACCUGAGAAAAAUAAAAUCGAGCGGUGAUGAGAAGUCACUCAAAGCCAGGGGCAAUAGAGCUUCGACACCUGGCACAAGUGGAGUUCAAGAUAAUCUGAGGACGUCCGAUGAUAAGAUGGAACUGAGACAAGAACCAAGCUUUAAAAUAAGACAAGUUACGGAACCAGAAACGGAGAAGGCGGGUUUCGGGGUUAAGUUGAAUUCACACGAGAAAGCUCAAAUGAGACGAAUAUACGAGAGAACUUACAGAUAAGCCACAGCAAGAUUCUUUUAUGCUCUUCAUUAUCAUUUGCCCUGUGAGUAUGUAGAGUGUGAUUUAUUAUUGUGUAAAGUAAUUUUAUUAUUAUUAUAAUUAUUAUUAUUAUUAUUGAUGU